AACAGGUUUCUUCUUUUCGGCGACGGUUAUUUGUUAUUACAUGCAGUAUUAUUGGGUAGCCUUUGAAUGACAUAUACAGUAAUAUCAACAGAUACAAAUGUAUACAGUCAAAAGAAGGAUGUUUACCGCUAACUCGGAUAUUCCCUUCAAUCGGAAAACCUGGUCAUAAUUAGGAUGUUUUCAGCUGGCGUGUGGAUUGUCAGGGAUAGUUAUGAGCACACAAACCCUCCCCUGUUCCUUCAAUGAAUCUCUCUCCGUCGCUUGUCGUCUUGUUUGUUGUGUAUUUUUGACGAUGGACAUCUGAGUUCGGGUCUUUCUGGAACUACUGCUGUGUGUGUGUGUGUGUGUGUGUGUGUGUGUGUGUGUGUGUGUGUGUGUGUGUGUGUGUGUGUGUGUGUGUGUGUGAGAAGCGAGAGACCGGUACAGCAAAAGGGACAACGCCGGGGCUUAAGCCAUGGGAGGAAAUAAGAGCAAACCCAGAGAGCUGGGCCAACACUCUCGGAGUUUGGAUUGCACCAUUAGCAUGAACAGUGGGGGUGGCAGCACUGUGGGGCAUCACCUCAACUCAUGUCAGCAGAACUUCACACCCAACCGGACCCCUGCAGUGGAUGGCUCACGACAUGGUGCCCAAAGCAUCGCUAAUAAUGCUGAUUUGUCCUUGUUUGGAGGAGUGGAGUCCAUGAACAGCCUCACAUCACCUCUUCGUAGCACAUUAACAGCAGGAGGCGUGACUACAUUUGUGGCGUUGUAUGACUAUGAAUCACGCACUGCCUCUGAUCUGUCAUUCAGGAAAGGAGAACGGCUUCAGAUAGUGAACAACACGGAAGGAGACUGGUGGUUAGCUUGCUCACUGACCACAGGACAGCGAGGCUACAUCCCCAGCAACUACGUCGCUCCUUCUGACUCCAUCCAAGCCGAAGAGUGGUUCUUUGGUAAAAUUACCCGUAGAGACUCUGAACGCCUGCUGUUGAGUCUUGGGAACAGAAGGGGAACUUUCUUGGUCCGAGAAAGUGAGACCACCAAAGGUGCCUACUGUCUGUCUGUCCUGGAUUAUGACAACGUUAAAGGGAUGAACGUGAAGCAUUAUAAAAUCCGGAAGCUGGACAGUGGUGGCUUUUACAUUACCUCUCGCACACAGUUUAAUAACCUUCAGCUGCUGGUCAACCACUAUCGAAAGCAUGCUGAUGGUUUGUGCCACUGCCUGACUGAUGUGUGUCCAGUGCUGAAGCCACCACAGACUCAGGGUUUGGCUCGGGAUGCCUGGGAAAUCCCUCGUGAGUCUUUGCGUCUAGACGUGAAACUGGGACAGGGCUGUUUUGGAGAAGUCUGGAUGGGCACGUGGAAUGGGACAACACGAGUAGCCAUUAAAACACUGAAGCCGGGCACCAUGUCUCCAGAAGCCUUCUUACAGGAGGCUCAGGUCAUGAAGAAACUACGACACGAGAAGCUGGUGCAGCUCUACGCUGUGGUAUCUGAAGAGCCCAUUUAUAUAGUCACUGAGUACAUGAGCCAAGGUAGUCUGUUGGACUUCUUGAAAGGAGACAUGGGGAAGAUGCUGCGGUUACCUCAGCUUGUAGACAUGGCCUCACAGAUUGCCUCUGGCAUGGCGUAUGUGGAGAGAAUGAAUUAUGUCCAUCGGGACCUUAGGGCUGCCAACAUCCUGGUGGGAGAGAAUCUGGUGUGUAAAGUGGCCGAUUUUGGGCUCGCCCGUCUCAUAGAGGACAACGAAUACACUGCGAGGCAAGGAGCUAAGUUUCCUAUAAAGUGGACUGCACCAGAAGCUGCUCUAUACGGCCGCUUUACCAUCAAAUCUGAUGUCUGGUCAUUUGGGGUUUUACUCACUGAGCUGGCCACUAAAGGCAGGGUGCCAUAUCCAGGCAUGGUGAACCGUGAGGUGCUAGAUCAGGUGGAGCGUGGCUACAGGAUGCCGUGCCCGGCAGAGUGCCCUGAAUCGCUGCAUGAGCUCAUGCUUACAUGUUGGAGGAAAGAACCUGAGGAGAGGCCCACUUUUGAAUACCUGCAAGGCUUUCUGGAGGACUAUUUUACCUCCACUGAGCCACAGUACCAGCCAGGAGAAAACCUAUAAACAAACUCCUGUAAAGCAAUUUCAUCUGGAAGCAGGGAAGAGGAUGAAGGCUUUCUGUCCUGUGCUCCUUAAAGAGAGCAUGAGUGCUAAAGUGACAUUUUACAUGAACAUUGAUUUUCUAUCUAGUGCUGAGGCUAGGUAAUCAAUAUUUAAAUUUUAAAGUCAUAGAUCAUUUUCAGGAACUGCAGCAGACUGGAUGAUGGAUGGGGCCAGAGAGAAUCAGGGACUGUGUUAAACUGCUCUCUUUAAAACAGACGACAGGUGCCAUGUGACCGUUCACUUAUGCAGAGAACUGAGACAACAGCAGCUUUCAUCAGUUUACAUAAUUAAUGAAUUAAGUACUGACUAUUUAAAAUCAAGUCCUGAUAUAACAAACAUAAAAUAGCAUUUUUAAAGUUCACAGAAGAAGAAGGAUUCUGGAGAAUGGGCAAAAUCAGGAUUGAAGAUAUACUGCUGGUAAAGACAACAUAAAUGUUAGGUUACAGUUGACUUGUGUGAUUAAAAGGAAAAGGCAACCACGUCUUUGUUUUAACUCCAAUAUUUUUGACACAUGUUCAUUACUAUAUAUUGUAUUUGCAGUUUUAAAUAGGUGACAAUGAUUUAAAGAAUGUCGCAUUGAUUUAUUUCUAACAAGCAUGUAUUUGUUAUAGUUCAGUGUUGUGGUAACUUUUUUUGCCUCAGAUAGGUUACCACAAAAAAAAUCCAACACAUUCACCUCAACUGUAAAAACAAGUCCAAUUAAUAGAGAAGUUGUUUUUACUUCUCAUUUACCAUAGCUGUUUUUGUAGGUACGUUUAUUAGCUGCUUCUCGACUCUUGUCGAGUGUACUGGAGAUUUGUGACUCUUCCUCUUGAUGAUCCCAGUCUCAUGCUCCAAAAAGCUCCUCCGUCCUGUUCACUCCAUCCAGCAUACCCUGUCACCAAAUCCUUUUAUUUAUCAUGAAAUAUAAAACCAUCAGCAACUUGGGUAGACCCUUUAAGACACUUGAUUGAAUUUUAUUUUAUAGCUCUCUUUUACAUGAGAAGAUGUCUUAAACUGUUACUGUCUUCCAAUCCACAUCCUAUUCAACUGCUUUAAUGUUUCCUAGAAGAGGACGUCCUGUCUCAUGUUCAUGGUUUCCUAAACUGGGAUCAAGGACAAAGACUAUCAAACAGCGAGCAUUUUUGAAUCACACUAAGAUCAUGUGGCAGAUGAACCAUUCAAUAAACCAAGCAAAUGAAGUGUUAGAGACUCCAAACUCCAAAAUAAAGCAGCUGCCUUUAAUACAGCCUUCUCAUUUUUUUUUUUUUUUUGAUUUCUAUCCUUUAAUAUUAUGUUUUAAUUUUAUGAUAUAAUCCAAUGUUUUCUGCUAAGAUUUGAAUCUACUGACAGUCUCUUACAAAUGUGUUUUUGCUUAUGGAAGUCUGUUUUGUACAAUUCUACUAUAUAUAAAAAUGGUAUUUUUAAUGAUAUCAUUUGUUAUCAGAUGUUUUUGUAGUUUAGUCUGAAUUGUAAGUUAGGAACGUCAGUAUCCUCAAAUGACCAAACGAUGUGGCUUUGGGCACCUGUAAAGUGUUCAGUGUUGGGAAAUGCCUGUAUAAAUGCUGGCUGGUCUAGAGCCUGUAACAGUCUUAAACAAAACAGGAUCGACUUACUCUUAAUCUUAUCUUAAAUUAUACUAUGGCCUCAACAUUUUGCUAGUUUUUAACAUUGCAUAUGAAUUUCAAGGGCAAGAAUAUUAAUGCUUACAUAUGCUUUUCAAAGCCUAUCAGUUGGCUUGCAUUUGACUUGAAAUGUAUGAAUAACUGAAACAUGAAAUUCUAUACAUCACUGUAUUUCUGUUUAUAUGCUGUUUAUAUUAUUUCUUAUUAUAGCCAGCCUUCUUCCUAAAAUUUGCCUCUGAUCUAUUUUUUUUAAGAGUGAGUUAAACAGUUUUGUAAUACUUGUAGAACAUGUUCAUACGAUGGUGAGUGGAUCUGUGAAUAGUAAUAGUAAGGGGGUUGGUAGUCACUCGUGCACUGUUUCCUAUCAUUUGUUAUCGGUUGCAUUUCUCACUUUUGAGUGCUUUCAUGACACUGGACAGUUUGUUGUAAAUACUUUCUGCUCAUGUUUAGUGUAAAUAGUCAUAUUGUUCAUAUUCUUAUUUUUAAUUUGUCUCUUAUGGUUAUCUCAACUACUCUCAAAUCCCACACUAGGCAGUGGUUUUCAACUUCUACUUCAACUACAACUUCAGCAGUCUGCAUAAGAAAUCAGGUGUCUUUUAAAAACCCGCCCACGGCUUUUACGUAUUUUAUUUAGGAAUAGAUCUGCCAGGGUUAAUGUGUUAAUAUGUGCGGUUGGGUGAUGGUUAGUUAUUUGACUUUUAUUGAUAAUGAUUAUCACAGCCUUAUAUUUUCAAAUGUGUUCUUUUUAACCUUCUAUUUUUACAAUUAUAACAAAGAAGAGCAAAGAUUGCAAAGAGGUUUUACAAGAUGCUGUUGUCUUCCCAAAAGGCAUUGAUGUAAUUAGCCUAUGCAGUUCUUACUCCUGUCUUUUUCACAGUUUUUCCCCUUUGCUUACAGCUUAUUGUACAGUUUUGUCAUUUAAUGACCUGUUCCUUAUAAAGACUUUGUAAUGCGAGAUGUAUACUUUAACUGUCGAUACAUUGGUUUUUUUUUUUUCUA